CAUGUGCAAAACAAACUUGUUUAAAGCUGACAACCAUGCGACACGACGUGUUAAUUCCGAACAUUCAAGUAACCGUCGCCUGCCUCGCGUACCUCUCGUCAAUUUCCAGACUACCGUGCACUAGGUGACAUUGCUGUCGGAGUAAUCAUGCAUAUGUUCCUCGUUGCUGUCUUUCUUAUUGUACAGCUGCAAGAAGCUGAAUCAUGGGGCGCAGCAGCCAAAUACGCAGUGAACUGCCCCGAGCGCUGCAAUGUGGACCUGUGCGGCUCGACGCAGAGAUGCAGACGGACGGUCCUGGAUGAUUGCGGUUGCUGUCAAGUUUGCGCAGCGGGGAGGGGUGAACACUGUUACCGCACCGUCUCUGGGAUGCACGGGGUGAAGUGUGGACCCGGGCUCUUCUGUGACUUCUACAAAGACGAAGAUGAUUAUGGGGAUGAGUAUGGAAUUUGCAAAGAUUGCGUGUUUGGAACAUAUGGAGUAGAGUGCAGAAGAACUUGCAACUGUAAGGCUGGAGGAAUUUGCGAUAGAGAGACUGGCGCUUGUCUCACCUUCAAAUUCUUUUCAAAGAUGACCAACAAGAUUAGGUCACAUGGGAGCACUGGUACCGAGAUGGGUUCUGGAGACAGUGGGGACCAACUCAAAGACAGGUCAACAUCCCCCAAAUGGAAUCCUCGCUGACAGACACUUUCAGACAUUAUUCAGUGACAAUGUAGCAUAUUAAUAACUUAAAUGGUCAAUAAAGGUUAUAUUUUAUUAUGUCUCAAAUGAAUACAUCAGAGAUGUGAUUAUUCAGAGUUUUAUACAAUAUUUUCAAGUGGUGAUUUUAUACCAAACACGCAAAUGUAUUCUUUUUCUCUUUCAUCUUUUGCUGUCAGUCAUAUUUUCAAAACACAUACACACACACACACACACACAUGCAUGCACACACACAUACUCACACACACAUACAUGGAUUUAUUAGCCAAACCAAAAACAAUAUUCUGAAUGCAAUAUAACAUACACAAUAUGUUGAUGACUGAAUGCAAUAAUUACAGUAUGGUGGUACAGUUCCAUAUUAUUUUGCUUCUAGUUGCCAGAGAGAAUGUAAUGGACAUACAUGUAGACACAUUGUCCUAUCUUUGCCCUAUAAAGUACCUUAUCUAAUCGUAAUGGAAUUGUGAGCAUUAAUCUUUAAAUCCAGUAUUAUUAUGUGACCUCAAAGACACUCAUGGCAAAAAUAUUUCAACUGUCAGAAAUACAUCCUUCAUGUCUUGUGCUUGUCAUUGUCUGUUAUUGUUGUAUUUGUUGUUGUUUUGUACCAGGAUAUUUUAAAAAAAAUGUAAAGUUGAUUAGCAUGAGAGACGUGGAAGAAUAAAAUACAUCAAUGCUUGGAA